AUGAAAGUUCAAGUGAAGUCCCAGAAAUCUUGGAUUGAAGACAACUUCUGUAAAAGAGAGUGUGCAAAGAUCAUACCAAGCUCCAGAGAUCAACACAGAUGUCCUGCUGGAUGCCAAAUCUGCCAGAACUUAAUCCGAUGUUGCUGUGGACGGCUGAUUGGAGACCAUCCUGGGAUAGAUUAUAGUUGGCUUGCCUGUCAGUCUGUGAAGGAGAAAGAGGAAUGGUCUGUCCAAAAACACACAAAAGCAAGUCCAACUGAUACCUUUGGUACUAUCAGUUUCCAAGAUGGUGAUCAUACCUACCAUGCCAAGUAUAUCAGAACAUCUUAUGAUACCAAGAUGGAUCAGUUGCUGCAACUGAUGGUGAAAGAAUGGCAGAUGGAACUGCCAAAACUGGUAAUUUCUGUUCACGGUGGUAACCAAAACUUCAAGCUUCCAUCUAAGCUUAAGCAGCUUUUCAGCAAAGGCCUGGUCAAAGCUGCUGAGACUACAGGAGCAUGGAUACUAACAGAAGGCAUCAAUACUGGGGUGUCCAAGCAUGUGGGUGAUGCAUUGAAGGUUCACGCUUCUCAGCAUUUAAGAAAGAUCUGGGCUGUUGGACUCCCUCCCUGGGGUAUCAUUGAGAACCAAAAGGACCUCGUUGGGAAAAAUGUAGUCUGCCUGUAUCACACUUUGAGCAACCCUCUUAGUAAGCUGAGCACCCUCAACAGUAUGCAUUCGCAUUUCAUCAUGGCUGAUGAUGGGACAGUGGGCAAGUAUGGUAAUGAGAUGAAACUCAGGAGGAAUCUGGAGAAAUACCUUUCACUUCAGAAAAUCCAUACUAGAAUGGGACAAGGAGUGCCCUUAGUUGGGCUACUGGUGGAAGGUGGUCCAAAUGAGAUCUUGACAGUAUGGGAAUAUCUGAGGGAAAAACCUGCUGUCCCUGUAGUAGUGUGCGAGGGAACUGGUAGAGCUGCUGACCUACUUGCUUUCAUUCAUAAGCACACUGCCGAUACGAUGGAUACGACCUCUCAAUUUAAGGAAAAAAUAUCAUCAAUGAUUCAGAACACCUUCAGUUUGGGGAAAAAGCAGUCCUGUCACCUAUUUAAAAUUUUAAUGGAAUGUAUGGAAUAUAGGGAUUCUGUAACUGUAUUUGAUGCAGAAUCAGAAGAGCAUCAGGACAUUGAUUUGGCAAUCCUAACAGCACUCUUAAAAGGGACAAAAAUGCCUGCUCCAGAUCAACUUAAUCUGGCACUGGCCUGGAACAGACUGGACAUUGCAAAGAAGCAUAUAUUGGUUUAUGGUCAGCACUGGAAGGUUGGAUCCCUCGAGCAGGCAAUGCUGGAUGCUUUAGUAAUGGACCGUGUGGAAUUUGUGAAGUUGCUAAUAGAACAUGGAGUGAACCUACACCAUUUUCUUACAAUAUCCCGAUUGGAAGAACUGUACAAUACUAAACAAGGGCCAACAAAUCAACUUCUUCCUCAUCUUGUCUGUGAAGUGAAACAGAGUACUCUUCCUGCAAACUAUAGAAUAUCACUGAUAGAUAUUGGGCUGGUAAUAGAAUAUUUGAUUGCGGGAGCUUAUCAAAGCAGCUACACAAAAAAGCAUUUCAGAGUUCUGUACAAUAGCCUUUACCGGAAACAUAAGGUAAACUCUGUCAUUUCUGCCAAUGAGAUCCCACAGAAAGUUAACCAUUUGGCACCAAACCUCUCUCUUCACCAUAUGGGAAACAGAAGUGGAUCUGCUGAAAAUACCUUGCAUUCCCAAUUUAUCAGAACAGCACAGCCUUACAAAUACAAAGAAAAAUCAGCUGCUCUUCAUAAAUCUAGGAAGAAGCUGAAAGAUGAAUUUACUUUCUCAGAUGAUCAGGAAUCAGCUGGCUUUAUUUAUCCAUAUAACGAUCUCUUGGUAUGGGCAGUAUUGAUGAAAAGGCAGAAGAUGGCCAUGUUCUUUUGGCAGCAUGGAAAAGAAGCAAUGGUCAAGGCAGUGGUGGCUUGCAAACUCUACAGGGCAAUGGCCCAUGAAGCCAAACAAAGUAACAUGGAGGAUGAUACAUCGGAAGAGCUGAAGAAAUAUUCAAAUGAGUUUGGGCAGCUUGCUCUAGAUGUGUUGGAUAAUGCAUUCAAACAGAAUGAGCAGAUGGCCAUGAAGCUGCUGACAUAUCAACUGAAGAACUGGAGUAACUCAACAUGCCUGAAGCUGGCUGUGUCAGCAGGUUUACUGCCUUUUGUAUCCCACACAUGCACGCAGAUGCUCUUGACUGAUAUGUGGAUGGGGCGCCUGAAGAUGAGGAAGAACUCCUGGUUUAAGGUGAUUCUGAGUAUUCUUUUACCUCCCACUAUUUUGAUGCUGGAAUUUAAAAGCAAGGCUGAAAUGUCUCAUGUGCCUCAGUCACAUGAUUUCCAUCAGUUCACAUGGUACCAUGGUGAUCCUAGCAUCUCCAGUGGAAAAGAAGACCUCUCAUUGAAUUAUUAUGAUUUAGAGAGAGGAAAGGAGAAGCCAGAUGAAAAGCAGUCUUUUCCCAUCAAUAGCGAAGAGGGAAGCCUUCCUGGAACUAGGAAAGUCUAUGAGUUCUACAAUGCCCCAAUCGUCAAGUUCUGGUUUCACACGAUGGCCUAUUUAGCAUUCCUCAUGCUGUUCACUUAUACUGUCUUGGUGAAGAUGGACACGACACCCAGCGUACAGGAAUGGCUUGUCAUCAUCUACAUUUUCACCACCUCCAUUGAGAAAGUCAGAGAGGUAUUCAUUUCCGAACCAGGAAAGUUCAGCCAAAAGGUGAAAGUCUGGAUUUAUGAGUACUGGAACUUUACAGAUUCUGUUGCUAUAAUCUUGUUUAUGACUGGUUUUGGCUUGCGCUGGGCUGAUCCUCCAUUUCAAACAGCCGGAAGGCUGAUCUACUGCUUGGACAUAAUAUUCUGGUUUGUCCGACUACUCGAUUUCUUUGCUGUGAACCAGCAUGCAGGACCAUAUCUAACAAUGAUUGGAAAAAUGACAGCAAAUAUGUUUUAUAUUGUAAUUAUGAUGGCCAUAGUAUUGUUGAGUUUUGGGGUGUCUCGAAAAGCAAUACUUUCACCGCAUGAACAGCCAUCGUGGACUUUGGCACGAGAUAUUGUAUUUCAACCUUAUUGGAUGAUGUUUGGUGAAGUAUAUGCAGGAGAAAUUGAUGCUUGUGAAUUGAGUCAAGACUGCCCUCCAGGUUCCUUCCUUACACCAUUCCUUCAAGCUGUCUAUCUCUUUGUACAAUACAUCAUCAUGGUCAAUCUUCUUAUUGCUUUCUUUAAUAAUGUUUAUUUUGAUAUGAAAUCCAUAUCAAACAAGCUCUGGAAAUACAACCGUUACCGCUACAUAAUGACGUACCAUGAAAAGCCAUGGCUGCCUCCACCUUUCAUCAUUCUGAGCUAUAUUGGCCUUUUCCUGAAAUGCCUCUGCCAUCGUCAACCACCAAAUGAAUUUGAUCGAGAAGAGGGAGGUGUUGAACUGAAGCUCUAUCUGAGUGAUGAGGAAUUAAAAAGACUUCAUGAUUUUGAAGAGCAGUGUGUGGAAAAAUACUUCCAUGAGAAGAACGAAAGUCUGCACUCUAGUGACUGUGAAAGAAUCCGUGUAACAACUGAAAGAGUUGAUGAGAUGUUUUCACAGCUGAAGGAGGUGCACGAGAAAGUAUGUUACAUCAAAGACGCAUUGCUUGCACUGGACAGCCAGCUGGGACAUUUACAAGACCUCUCUGCUUUAACUGUUGAUACUCUGAAAGUAAUUUCAGCUGUGGACACUCUGCAAGUAGAAGAAGCUUUUCUUGCUGAUACAAAGCAUCAAGAUUAUAGAAAGCUUUCCCAUAGCUGGAGCAAUGCCCCAUACUCAGAGGCUUUCAGCAGUCUGGAAUGUAUUAAAGAUAAAAAGUACAAUUACUUCAGCAUGCCACCUUCCCUUCUGAGAAGCUUAGCAAGGAACCAGUGGCCAUCAGAAAGUCAUCAUCACAUUCUUGAUGCAAUAGACUACAGUGAGAUAAAAUCAGUAGAUAAACACCAGGAACAGGAGACAGAAAAUGACACUCUAACCUCUGGGGUAUCUUCAAAGACUAAAUCAGCUCUUAGAUGUGGACAGUUCCUUUCGGUUCCUUCUGAUCAGCAAGGAGGAAUUUGUUUCUCUGAAGAUGUGGGCUUGAGUUUGUCAUUUUCAAGUACUCUGGAUGAGCUCAGAGAAGACGAACUGAAAACCAAGCCCCACACCAAGCACUGUAGCACUUCUGCUCACCUGAAUGUACACAAUGCUGAUGUUGUAGAAAGAGAGCCCAUUAUCCAUCAAAGACAGGAACUUGACUCUGUUAUUUUUUUGCCAGCCAAGGAAGGUGGUGAAAUCAUAGCUGAACAUGAUUCCACUACCAAAAUUCCUAGCACUGCCAGCAACAUGUCUUUACCAUCUCACUUCCAAAGUGGGGAACCAGGAGGAGGUUAUGUGAACUGGGGGUUCACAGAAGAGGAUGAAAAUAAUGCCUUUGGCAGGCAGUCAGGACAGCCAUCCUGCAUGCAGUGUGCCCUCAACAAUAACUGCAACUGUAGUUUGCACCAUGUGAAGUUAAAGGAAUCCAAAUCAUUCUCCUACAAUUCUGACAGAUCAGGAUAUGAACUAUCAAAAUCUACUGAGCUUUGUAAAUCAGUUUGGGCAAAAGCAAAACUUGGAAACAAAGACAGGAAAUCUUGGAAAAAGAAACAGAAAGCUCUUCAGGUGCCAGUAAUAACAGUAGAUGGUUGUCCCCAGGGCACCCAAGCUAGUUCCAAACCAUUUGACAAUAAGUUCUUGAGAGAAGAACAAGAAAAGAGGACAAACAAGCUAACCAUGCCCAGCUUCGAUCAGCUACAUUCAGAUCCUAUCCAUUGCAUGCAUCCGAAAAUGAAAAAUCAAGGAGCUGCUAAACACACAGUGCAAAUUUGUGACUACUUGAGGCAAUCACAAGAGGAUUUAAAUAACAGUACGGUUUGGACAUGCAGAAGGACUAACUUGUGCAGGAAUCCCUCGUAAGUACUCCUGUUGACUACAAAUGGGGUGGACAAAAUCUCAUCCACCUUAAACCCCCCUCAAGAUCUGCACCAUCAUUACUCAGCUGUCGAAAGGAACAAUUUAAUGAGAUUAGCUCAAACAAUACCUUUUACACCUGUGCAGCUCUUUGCUGGUGAAGAAGUGACAGUCUAUAGAUUAGAAGAGAGUUCACCUUUGAACCUUGAUAAAAGUAUGUCAUCCUGGUCACAGCGUGGCAUAGCUGCUAUGAUUCAAGUUUUGUCGCGGGAGAAAAUGGAUGGAGGCCUGAGGAGGGCUAUGAAGGUUGUCUGCACCUGGUCUGAGAAUGAUGCACUAAAGUUAGGCCAAGUCUUCAUUGUGAAGUCUUUCCUUCCUGUAGUAGUCCAGAAUUGGCAAAAGAUCUUCCAGGAGGACACAGUACUCCACCUUUGCCUCAGAGAAAUACAACAGCAAAGAGCAGCUCAGAAGUUGAUACAUACCUUCAACCAAGUAAAGCCUCAUACCAUUCCAUAUACUCCAAGGUUUCUGGAUGUCUUUUUAAUAUAUUGUCAUUCAGCAAAUCAGUGGCUAACAAUAGAAAAGUUCAUGACAGGAGAGUUCUGCAAGUAUAACAAUAACAAUGGGGAUGAAAUCACACCUAGUAAUUUGCUGGAAGAAGUCAUGCUGGCUUUUUCUCACUGGACAUAUGAAUAUACCCGAGGAGAACUCCUUGUACUGGAUUUGCAAGGUGUUGGAGAGAGCCUUACUGAUCCAUCUGUUAUUAAACCUGAAGACACACAUGCCAAAGGGGUGGCAUUUGGACCAGCAAACCUUGGGGAGGAAGCAAUACAAAAUUUCAUAUCAAAACACCACUGCAAUGCCUGUUGCAGGAAACUCAGACUUCCAGAUUUGAAAAGGAAUGACUAUACACCUGGAAGAUUCAAUCCAGGUUUUGAAGCUGAAACAGAAGCAAUAGCAGCAGCAGGAGAUGACGCUGUUAAGAAUGGCAAUGAUGAACCUUUGGAAUAUAAUACGCGAUUGUGAUGCAAUGGAUUUUCAGGCAGGCAGGAUCUGUCUUUUCUUGAAUAUCUGAAUCAUUCCAU